GUCGCCGUACACGCCUCGGCAUCAGCAACAGGUCGUCGGUCUCUCGCGCGCGCUCGUACGUUCCUCUCAUUAAUAUCAGACGCGCCCGGCAAACGAUUCAGUCCCCACGUUGUGCCCGUAUACACGCGCGUGUGUGGUUAAAAUUUUUUGUUUAUAUUUAUGUGUAUGUGUGCCUGUGUAUUUAUUCUUUAGCAUAUUGUUCUUAAAAAUCAUUUACUCUUUUAAUUAUUAUUAUCGUCGUUAAACUCGCGCAAGACCGACACGUAUGGUAAUAACAUAAUCACAUCUAUAUUGUUUCACCGGAAAAUGUAAAGACGGACGACGAUUCGCGCGUUCACUCCGAGUUCAGUGCGAUCCGCUUUUUACGCGACAUCAUCGUAUUCAAAACACGACCGACUUACGCGGCUCAAAAUCGUCGUACACCCCUCCCCUCUAAUUACACAUCGUAAAUACCUACGUACAAUUGUGGUGGUUUGUCUCGUCCGUCGUUGUUCGCGAUUUUAUUUCGAUUUUUCUUUAUUUUUUUUUUUUUUUUUUAUCGUAAUUUGUUUUUGUGUUUUUGUGCUGUACACCAUCCGCGUAUAUCACUAAGCGUCGCACCGUUUUUCCACUCCUCGCGCUACCCCGUGCGAGAAAACGACAAACGAUCAUACGACAGACGCCGCGGGAAAACAUGACCAUGUCCUGCCAAGACAUGGACGCUUUGGGCAUAUACAUGGAGCUUAAGCUCGACCCGUUCAUCAACGACGACAUGAAGGACCUCUGGGAUUCGGAUUUGGACCAGGAUCUUGGAGAUGCGCUGAGGGCCACAGAAGACGCGUCCGAUUGGCUGAUCGGCGGAAACGGCCGGUCGAAUUCUCACGUGGUACUGCACGACCGUCUGAUGACCGACGCGCUGUUGGGCAAUGCCCCUAUCAAGGCCGAACACUCGUAUUGUACCACGCACGGGUCUAGCGAAUCGCUGGACGCUAUAGAUUUAGACGAAGAUAGCAGUCAGGAUGGAACUUGUAAGCUAACGUUUGAUGAAGUAAGAUGUGAUCGUACCGGUAAUAUCGAAAUGAUCAGUAUCAAAGAGGACACGGCUUCAGUAAAAGAUGAACCGAUGAGUGACCAAGAAUAUGUUGAGACUUCUUCUUGCCCACCAUCACCAUGUUCUGCGUCAGACGAUACGCCCAGACAUUAUGGAAAAGUACAGAAAACCAGUUAUAAUGAACCGACCACGGUUGUAUUGACCUCCAGAGCUUUCCUUAACCAACCGCAUAGAUUAAUCGUUCCGAAUUUCGGUCUGAAAAUGGAUGGCACAGGUUUUUCACUGCCACCUACGCCACCUUCGUCUACGUCAAGUGACAGUGAGGGCGGUAACGUAUCACCGCACCACCGGUCAUCGCCCACUCGGCGGUUGUUCCUGUCGUCAUCCACAUCGUCAGCCACCGCCUCCACCACCAUCACCAGCAGCCGACAGCCCAUACAGACACCUUUGAUCAGUUGUCAGCCAAAAGGAUCUACUGGCGCACUGACGCUCACCGAAGAAGAGAAACGCACCCUGCUAGCCGAAGGCUAUCCAAUACCCACUAGAUUGCCAUUGACCAAGGCCGAAGAGAAGUCGUUAAAAAAAAUCCGAAGAAAAAUUAAAAACAAGAUAUCGGCGCAAGAGAGUCGACGCAAGAAAAAAGAGUACAUGGAUACUUUGGAAAGAAAGGUGGAGAUUCUCGUCACCGAAAAUAGCGAAUACAAAAAGAAAAUUGUCAACCUCGAAGAGAGCAAUGGAUCUCUAGUCCAGCAACUACAAAAAUUGCAGAAAUUACUCGGACUGCAAGCAACCCAAAUCAGUCAACAACUGAAGACCAAAUAAUUAAGAACUCACUAAUGGGGUAAACUGUACAUAACGACCAAUGGUGCAAAAUACAAUAUGUUUAAGAGUUUUAGUUCAAUGUCGACAGCUAGUCCGUGAUAUUACUAAAUGCGCUUCGGCGAGUAUUCAUAUUUAACUAUAACACUACAUGUAUAUGAUGCGAGCAUUGAUUUAAACACCUAGACGAGAUACUCGCAAUGAUAUAAGAUAAAAUUUUUCGGCGUUCGGUCAAUAUUUUUAAAUACAGAAUUUUGAGUCACGUCUAGUAGAAAUUAUGAAAUAAUAUAAAAUGUAAAUUUCAUUUAUACCUAUCUAUAAACGAUAAACGUAUUAUUAUAUUCUGUAGGAAAAAAAUGACUGAUGAAAAUAAACACCAAUUAUCGGAUAAAAGUGAUGUUUUUGAUGCGCAUAAGUGUAUCAUAAUAAAUCAAAAAUAAUUAACUUUUAAUCUCAUUAUUACUCGUUGUAAGUGCCAAAAUUAUAAUUAUAUAUAAUAUAUAUAUAUUUUUUUUUAAUCGCUUGUAUAUUUGUGCCUGUCACAUGUACAUGCUUACAGACGUUAUAUUUUGUCUAUGUUAUAUA